AUGCGGGCGCGAAUCUCGCGCAUGGGCGGAGCGCGAGGACCUGGAGCGCCCGGGGGAGCAGGAGAGGCGAGCAGCCAAUCAGACGCGGACGCGUGGCGGGAGCUGCUGCGGGGAGGGGAGGACGUGGCGCAAGUCAUGUCUGACAUGGCCAACAUCGUAAGAGUGGCGGGAGGAGGAGCUGGCAGUGCAGAUGGCAGCAUGAAUCAUUCAGUCCCUUACUUCCCCCCUUUUUGCAUGCAUGCACGCACAACCCACGCAAUUCAAUCCCAGCUGGACGAGAUAUCGGGGCUGGAGGGGCGGGAGGAGGAGCUGGCAGUGCAGAUGGCAGCAGCAGCGGCCAUAGCGGGGCGAGUCAGCACGCUGGACCAAUCGUUCCUGGUUGCUCUUGAGUUCAUGAUGGGGCAGGCCGAUGCUAAUAACGACUCUAAGGGCCGCUGGUUGCUGGAGGUGGUGAAGGAGCAGCUCCUGUCACAGCUGCAGCAGAAAAUGCCUCCCCAGGUGCAGGUGGUGUCGCUCCUCGUGGCCACAUCAGACAAAAACCGCCGCCGAGACAUCAUCACGCGUGCGCUGGCGGGGGGCGGCAAGCUCCCAGCGGAGGCGAGUCCGGGCGGCAACAUGGGCGGGAUGGGCGGGAUGGAGCCACCGGAGGUGCAUGUGCCGGGAGCCAGGCUGGAGGAGAUCAUUGCUCAGGCGGACGACCUUGUUGCUGUGAGUGGUGCUGGCAACAUGGGCGGCAUUGGUGGGAUGGAACCACCGGAGGUGCAUGUGCCUGGAGCGAGGCUGGAGGAGAUUAUUGCUCAGGCGGACGACCUCGUUGCUUCAAUGGAGGAGCAACUCCCCAUUCAGGACCGCCGCCUGCUGGCUCGGCUGCUACUGGCCAGGGAGGAGGCGCGGUCGCUCAUGUCGGGUGGUAUUCAGGACCCUCGCAACGACGUGCGCCGCCUCAAGAACGUUCCCGAGGCUGAGGUGCGGUUCAUAUCAACGCUGGUGGCCUUGAGAUCUCCAGAGUUGCUGCGGAAGCGGAUACUUGAUGUGAUGGAGGGGCGGCAGGAGGGCGAGUAUGUAAAGGGCAGUGACGGCCCUAUCAAGGUUCAACAAUCAAAAGGCUCUGCUCCUGUUCGGCCAGGUCACCUGCUCGACACUGUAACUAAGGUCCUUGCCGGAAUGUACAGGACUGGAGGGUCAGGGGUAACGGUUCAACAACUUGAGUGGAUACGAAAGGAGACCCUUGAUGCGCCUUCUCUGCCUUCCGAAGUUUUAGUCCAGCCAGUGAUAUUGGGUUCGCCGCCUGAUCGACAUCAGACAGCUUUUAUUCGGGAGAACCGUCACCAAAAGCACUACCAGCAGCAGACGAUCACGAUGGGAAGUGAGGCCGGUUUAAUGACGUUCUCAGCAGAAGAGCUUGACGAGGCCACGAAUAACUACUCGCGGGAGAACUCGCUCGGUCGCGGCGGCUUCGGCACGGGUUACCGCGGAAAGCUCGCGGAUGGUUCCGCCGUGCUUGUUAUGAAGCUUAACCCCGAUAAUACCCGCCAGGCGGCGGAGAAAUUCACCCGCGAAGUCACCAACCUCACCCGCGCGGACCACCCGCAUCUGGUGAAACUCCUCGGAUACAAUCCCGAGGCACGCUGUAUCGUGUACGAGUCGCUCCCCGGGGGGACCCUCGAGGACCGUCUGCUAACGGAGGGGGGACGGAAAACUAUACAGCAGAAGCACCGGCUGCGGAUCGCCGCGGAGGCGGCAGAAGCUCUCCUCUUCCUGCACCAUCUCGACCCGCCGAUUCUCCAUCAGGACGUGAAACCCGGAAACGUGAUGCUGAACGAGGACCUCUCCAGUAAAGUCGGCGGAGUCGGUUUGGCGAAGUUCCUUCCCGCAAACGACUCGUCGAUCUGGGGAACCGUGGGUUACAUCGACCCGUUGCUGCUUCGCACCGGGAAAUACGGCCCGCAGUCGGAUCUGUACGGGCUCGGGUUGGUGAUUCUGCAGCUGCUGACCGGAGAGAAGGUGAAUAAGGUGCUGGAGUUUGCAAAAUUCGGGCUCGAUGGGAUUUUGGAUCAUUUGGAUAAGACGGUUCAGUGGAACCCGGAGAUUGCGAAGGAGGUUGCUGAGGUGGCGCUCAAGUGCAGGGACAGGACGAACCGGCCGGAUCUGGAGACGGUUGUGCUGCCCAUGCUGAAGAAAUUCGCGGAGCAGACCAAGGGGGAGAAAGAUGCGGAUGCUGCUCCGCCUGCUGGUGGUGGUGGUGCUAAGGGUGGUGGUGGUGGUGGGACGAGUAAGGGGCAUGAGAAGAAAGCAGCGCCGGCUGCUGCUGCUGCUGCUGCGCCUCAGAAGAAGUCGUUGUUUGGGUAUUUCUUUGGCAAGCGGUGA